AUGCCUACUACAAGUACUUUAACUUGUUUUCGUUAUACAAUUUGUAAUAGUAAGAGAACUUUUAAGUCAAAAGCUGGAUUGCAACAACAUGAAAGUUUGAAACAUUAUAAUUAUAAGGAAAUUUCAGCACAUAUUUUGUUAGUUCCAGAAUAUAAAUUACAUCAUAUCAAAAAUGCUAUAAUAAAAGAAUUACAAAAACAGUUGAAAAAUCAUUACUCAAAAGUUGAAAACCAGGUUUUUUCAAUUCAUUGUAGUGAAAAUAGUUUUGUUGGCAUUUUUGGCCAAUAUUUAACUCGGUAUUCUGUUUGUGGGGGCUGGUAUCAAAGUUUUUUUGUUGAAGAAGAAGCAAUUGAUCAACUAACUGAAAUAUUCGAUGAUUAUCAAUGGGCAGAACGAAAUUAUGGAAAUGGACAAUUAUUAUGGAUUAAAUUAUAUAAAAAUGAAAAAAUGAACAAAGCUGCAUUAGAAUCGAAAUUUAAAUCAAAAAAACUUUUAUUUAGAAAAGGGAUUAUUAAUUGA